UUGCUGUUCAGGUAUCCUUACCCGCGGUAUCCCCUUGUUCGCCCGCCUCCCCUCUUAGCUUCCCCACGCGGACGGCAACUGCCUGAGGAGAGGCGCGGCGUCUCGCCGCCGCAACCUGAAGAAGCUGCCACUUCAUCAGAGCCUGCGGGCCCGCACACAGCGUUAGAGUCUCGGCGCCAGUUCGCGGGACACCGGGCCGCUUCAUAGCCAUGAGCUACGGUCGCCCGCCUCCCGAUGUGGAGGGCAUGACCUCUCUCAAGGUUGAUAACCUGACCUACCGCACCUCGCCGGACACCCUGAGGCGCGUCUUCGAGAAGUACGGCCGCGUCGGCGACGUGUACAUCCCGCGGGACCGCUACACCAAGGAGUCCCGCGGCUUCGCUUUCGUCCGCUUCCACGACAAGCGCGACGCCGAAGACGCCAUGGACGCCAUGGACGGGGCCGUGCUGGACGGCCGCGAGCUGCGCCGCAGCCGAUCCCGGAGUCGGAGCCGCUCCCGCUCCCGCAGCCGCUCUCGCUACAGCCGCUCCAAGUCUCGAUCCCGCACUCGCUCUCGCUCGCGAUCGACCUCCAAGUCCAGAUCUGCGCGAAGGUCCAAGUCCAAGUCCUCGUCGGUGUCCAGAUCUCGGUCGCGGUCCAGAUCCCGGUCGCGGUCCAGGAGUCCUCCCCCCGUGUCCAAGAGAGAAUCGAAGUCCAGGUCGCGAUCCAAGAGCCCCCCCAAGUCUCCAGAAGAGGAAGGAGCGGUGUCCUCGUAAGAAAAUGCUGCGGUCUCCUGUUUGAUAAAAGAAUAUUGGCCAGUAUUGCAGAUUUUAACUGAUUUGGCUGAUCCUCCAGGGACCAGUUUCUGUGGGCGUGUAUUGGAGCAGGUUUGUCUUUAAACGUUAAAGAUGCACUAUCCUGGUAGAGAAAAACGAUCAGUUCAACUAUUGUUGUACUGACUGGGACUUCCUAUUCUAAUGGAUGUGGCAAAGGAAUUGCAAUUAAGAAGCAAUGAACUUUUGGAACCCCAAAAGAAAGAAAGUUUACAGGUACUGCACUGGGUGGGGAAAGGAUAGUGUGUCUUUAACUCUCAAAUUGUUUGGUCCUAUUUUUUAAAAGGAAAGGGCCCUAAGUAGCUCGGAUGAAAACAUUCUCGAUUGUCAAAUACUUCAUUUGAAAAGGAUUUCUUAAAAUGUAAUAAGAUUUCAUGUCGCUUUUGUUUGGAUACAGCCCUUUUCCCCAUUUUUUCUUUUCCCCCCCUUCCCCACCUUACCUUUUUUUCACUUUGGUUAUUUGGCCAAGAAAUAAUAAAUUCGAACUUGUAAAUACUGAUUUUGAAAAUUUCCUAAUUGGGCCUUUAAAAAUCUCUUAAUGGCUGGGUGGAACCUUACUGUAACCUAUUUGUUUCACCAGAGCCUUAGUACAUACCAGAAAACUGAAACCAUGUGCACUUUGGUACCUUUUUAAUAAGGGAAAGUAAGCUGAACUUUUUUCUUUUCAAACCUAGAUAUAUCGGCAAGCAGCAUAACAGAGGACUUUGGGAAAAAGGACCACGAACUCAGUCCAUCGGUCCAUCGAAGAGUCUUUGGAACAAGCAACUGGCUAUUGAAAAGGCGCAGUUGUGUAGCAGUUGAGUAAUGCUGGUUAGCUGUUAAGGUGGCGUGUUGCAGUGCAGAGUGCUUGGCUGUUUCCUGUUUUCUCCCGAUUGCUCCUGUGUAAAGAUGCCUUGUCGUGCAGAAACAAAUGGCUGUCCAGUUUAUUAAAAUGCCUGUCAACUGCACUUCCAGUCACCCGGGCCUUGCAUAUAAAUAACGGAGCAUACAGUGAGCACAUCUAGCUGAUGAUAAAUACACCUUUUUUCCCCUACUCCUCCCCCAAAAUGGUAAAUCUGAUCAUCUUCAUGUACGAACUUAAAAUAUGGAAAAUGUUUUAAGGAAACAAAUGGUUUGUAACUUUGUAAGUACUUAAA